AUGGCGGAAGCAUUCGGUAUAGCUGGCAGCGCGUUCGGCACUGUCUCUUUGGGUUUGCAGCUCUUCAAGGAAGUAUCCCAAUAUCUCGAUGACAUCGGCGGCCGUGAAGAAGAUCUAAAAGAGGCACGCAGUUACGCAACCAACAUCCAACUCUCUCUCAAUGCGCUUAAUGUUGCGAUAUCCACCGCGCUUGCCGACGAUCCUGAGACAAAGAGGGCGAUCGAGUCAUGCAAAGCGUCGUGCGUCUCCGCGGUUGAUAAUCUGUUGGCAGUCGUCAAAGAGCUCAGAGGCCCAACAAUAUCUGUACCCAACAGCAACGCUUCCAGAGCGAAAGAGCUUUGUGCCAAAUUGAAGUACCCUUUCAAAAAGCAGACUAUGGAAAAGUUGGAAGACAAUCUUUCGCGUACGAACAGUGCUCUGCAAACCAUGUUGCAAGUAUUUCAGCUCAACACUGGUUUUGCAGCAGCCUCUUCUAUCGACAAUAUGCACCAGGCCGUGGCCGACCUCCACGUAAUAUCGGGCACGAACAAAGCGACUCUAGAUCGAAUACAUAAGACAUCUCAGGUUCAUGAUGACAGACUUAGCACGAUUCAACAAGACAUUAGAGAACUUUUGUUCCUUACACGAGACUCCGGCGACACAAAACUCUUGCUGAAAACGAUGGCCCAGCAGGUGUCAGACCUCACCUCUCGCAAUAGUAUCGACGUCAAUCUGCUGCAGAAUUCAGCACCCGAUAAAUUCAUCCCCAGCAUACAAAAGACCAGUUACCAGAGUGGCGGUAGUAUGACUUUUAGUGCUUUUUGUUCCUGUAAAACGCAGCGAGUAAGAUAUAGUCAACGCCACUGGGGACCUUUCCUUCUCGAAGCUGAAGUUAGGUCAAGAGACCAUCAUGCGCCCGAAUGUCAAAUGUCAAAACUUGCUGCAUCAACCCGCCGAACUAAGCGAGCCUUGAGCCUCUUGAUCCCAACAAUUCAAAAGUCACGGGGUCGUGCGAGUAGAGUCUCCUUAUCAUUUACAACAGGUGCAGGCAUACUAGGAUUUGGCCAAACAGUGGCCUGGGUUGCGACAGUGAAUGAGAGACUAUCUCCUGCAUUCCAAUUAGUGGACACAAUCGCUCGCUAUAGUUCAUUACCGCGCAAGGAAAUGGACAUUCUAUUAGCUUCAUGCUUCAGACGACUUGUCUACUGUUAUGCCAACUCUUAUGCUUCGGCAACUGAUGUCAAUGAGGAUGGUGAAACAAUACUUGGGUGGGCGCUAGACAAGUAUGCUAAUUCCUACGUCCUUGAUUCCACGAUGGCCGAUAACAUGGCAGAAAUAUUUCAGAUGCUCAAUGUCAUUGCUGAGCCAACGUCCUGUUCACGCAAUAUCGUAGCUAGACCUAUUCCUAUUUUGAUAGGUAUCAGUAGCUGGUUCUUCGCCUGUAAGAGACCUGGCCAAGUUGCAACGACUAUCUUGUCGAAAUGCAAUGAACCAAUAGGUCAUCAUCAUCAUCAUCCUCAUUCGAAUCUAUCAUGGCAUGGAAAUGAAUACCCUCUCGGUACUGGGUACAGACUCUUCCAAGCUUUUGAACAAUUAGGUCACAAUUUAGAAUUUGGCCCCCUAACCCAGGCUGUUCUUAAAUACGAUCGAAAUGGAGUCAAGCAGUUGUUGGAGAGAUGUCCAACAUACAUCAGAGAAACCAAUUACUGCGGCCAGUCCCCGGUUCAUCUUGCCAUUGAAACCCAGAAUAUUGCUAUUAUUAGUGAGGUGCUUCACUACGCAGACACUAAAGCUCUUCGUGCAAGAGACAACAGAGGCUAUUAUCCCAUCGACUAUGUGACAGAAGGAACAUGGACGCAUAGGAAGGCAUCUGAAUUAAAUUGCAAAGGGUGCGAAGUACUUAAAAUGCUUCUUCGCUUAGAUACAGCGCUUUUUCCAACCUCAUUACGUCUCGCCCUAAGACCAUCAUGGACUAAAAAUCACAACUGUCUAGAUGGCCGCAAAAUCCUAAUCCGGGGUCUAGCAGAAAGGAGAGAAAGGUUGAAGGAGCUCUCGUACCAAUGUCUGUCACCAGCUGAAAGAAAUGGUCUAGAGAUAUAUCAGACAAGAAUCCUGGACCACAAUGUUGCACGGGUGCAACAGCAGCUUGAAGCUCAAGGUUGCUCUGUACCAACACACCUUAGUGUGUACGAAGAAGUUGUUGGACCAUUAUGCGGCUACGAAUCGAUUUACUUACUUAUUUUUAAUGGCGAACUCGCUGAGUUUGCUCACAAGCUGGGUUUCUCUUACUCGGAUAACGAUUUGGCAGAUCUCAUGUGCCGCUUAGCCUCUCGCCUAAACGAUGGUACGUAUGCCACAGAUAUGUUGAUCGACAAUCUAUUUCCAUCGUCAUACUUCUGCUGGAUGAUUGAUCAUGGUAUGAGGGUGGCAUCAAAAGUUUCUUCUGGAAAGCUACUCAACCGGCAGUUGGAAGCAACGGCAGCCCACUAUUUUAUGGCCAGCUACGGAAGAUUUGCCGGCAUUUCCUUAAAUAUUCCCCUGGACUGCCCCUUAUCACUUGCAGCCAUUGAAAUUGUGUUCUCAGCCGCCGUUGUUGAUAGAUGUCGCUGUUGGUGCUCUCCAGGAGGAUGCACCCCCCUGGUCAAGAUUUUGGAAGAGGUGUGGCGGCGGAGAUGGUCCCCGGGCAAACAAAGUCUUUCUAAAGCAACAGAACGCUUAAUAUACGACUUGGUGUCAGCGAAUUGUGGCAAAACUAGCGAGCAUCAAUGGAUCCAUGCGGCCAUUAUACGAUACUUUACGUUUUCUAUGCUGGGCCUGCGUCACGUUUGCUGCUCUAUCAUUGGGAACGAGUCGGGUGCAUUGCCUGAAGAGGAGUUCCAGGAAAUUGAAGAGGAAGACUCUUCCCUACUUGGACAAUUCGAAAAUCUCCUUACAGAGUUCGAAGACGGCCGUCGCCAUCAGAUGGGCCUAGAGGAGUUUUUCAAAUGGAUGGACACGAAAUGGGCUCCCAGAAUGAAGGAGUUCAGGGCCGAGCUUGCUUCUGAGAGGCUUACCGACGAGCAACUGCGAGGUGCCGAAUCGAUUGGUGUGGUUUGGCGUGUCUAUGGACCUCAGCCAGAGGGCAAAGCCUGGCAGCCAGCUAGAUGGAAAAGGCGUGACGUGUGGGAUUACAUGGAUGAACUCGAUAAGAUUGCGACAGAUCCAGAGAGGCCUAUGAAGGAAAGUCGGCAGAGCCAUAAGUGA